AUGGAUAUGUUGAAGAGCAUACAAGCGGAAAUGCAAAAGAGAAACCAAAUGGAUGACGCUCGCAUACAAAAAGACGAGGCCCGAGACAAAGCAAUUCAAACUUUGACCACCCAAAUAGGUCAACUUGCAACCGAAGUGUCAGAAUUGAAGAAAAACAAAGGUCAAUUACCAAGCGACACUAAGGUAAACCCGUCUCAUAGUACUUCAAGAGGUAAUAAUGUUAACAUUCACCAUGUAAGUGUUUUGAGAAAUGGGAAAGAGUACAAAACCAAUCCUUCACCGGAUUUGGUUGAGGGGGUGGUUGAAGAUAUAACGGGUCAAGAUACAAUCAAACAGGUACCCGCUUACGCCAAGUUUUUAAAGGAAUUGUGUACCCAAAAGAGGCAACAAAAGGUGCCUAAUUUGGUAGACUUGACGGAGCGGGUAAGUGCAGUAUUGAAAGGAGAUCUUCCUCCUAAGCUACAAGAUCCGGGAACGCCUCUCAUAAACAUGCAAGUUGGGAAUUUUCAAACUGCAAAGGCGUUAUUGGAUCUUGGAGCAGGAGUAAGUAUCCUACCGGGGGGGGGGUUGUAUGACCAAUACGAUUUUGGUCCAUUGAAACGGGUUGAGACAACGGUGGUAUUAGCCGACUUGUCUCACAAACUUCCCCGGGGUAUUGUACGGGAUGUGAUAGUUAAGGUUGACGAGUUUUAUUAUCCCGUGGAUUUUCUUGUGCUAGAUUACUCAUCCCCGGACCCAAUUCAACAACAAAAUGUUAUUUUGGGUCGACCAUUUUUAAACACUGCACAUGCCGUUAUUGAUUGUCGAUAUGAUUUCAUAGAUGGAUACGACCCGAAGGAGUUCGGGGAAGAAAUUUUGGGUUCUUGUGUUUGUGACGUGUCUUUGCAGGUUCAUGCAUGUGAGUUGGAGAUGGAAGAGAAAGAGCAAGAGGCUCUUGCAGUGAAAGAAGGAAGACCACCAUGGACCCACCAAACGGAUACCUUACCGGUGGAAAUUGAUUCGGCACAAAGCCUUCUUUGGAAUGUCCACCAAGUGUGGAAUUGA